UUAACAAAAUAGGAAACAAUCUGGGAUCUAAAGGGGAGGGGCAUCACAGAGCGGUGAAAGUGGCAGUGAACGCAAUUUUUCGCAAAUUUAUUUUCUUUUUUUUGACACAAACAAAUUAAUAUUGAUUAGUAAAUGCAGAAUCUGAAAGGUGAUGGGUCGCAUCACUCCUGGGGGGUCCAAAGGUUGGACUCAGAGAGACAACAGCAGAGGGGCAAGGAGGUAAAAGCAGAACACUGCAGCACAGAGACCUCACUGUAACCGUGUGAUCCUCCGGGAGGUAAUCCCUGUCGUUCCGUGUUGGGAAACGCUUCAGCUAUCUCAGCUUUUAUCUGGGCCAAGUGAUGCUGUGCAGCAGCUGAUUCACCCCACACCUGACCCGAAGCUCCAGAGGAACCAAGAGGCUUUCCCUGGAACAUAAAAACCGCCCAUGACUGAUAAAAUAUAUCUGCUGCAUGAUCCCAACAGAACAUGACGGACCAAACAAGUUAGAAAUCUGUAACCAAACAAAAGCGUGACAAACACAACUAAGUGCAUUUCCCCCAGGGUCAACUCAGAGCUGCAGCUGCAGAUGUAAUCACAUCUUGUUUUCUCCACUCAUCUGUACUUCUUAGUAAGCCCCGCCCUCUGCUGCACACGUGCGUGUUCACAAACACUUCCAGGAGGAGGCAAAGAGCAGACUGCCAGCAGAACCUCUGCAUGCUGUCCUGCCAUGUCCAAAACAACUGAGCUGCCUUUCCGGCUGGACUCCCAGCUGACAGAGGUGAUGCGCCUGCGGGUCCAGUCUCUGCAGCAGCGCAGCCAAAACAGGCAGGAGGGCGAGCGCCUGCUGAGGCCCAACGAGGCCGUGUACAGGCUGGACUUCGCCGAGCGCUCCCUGCGGUUCUCCCACUGGACGGUGCGACUGGCGCAGCCAGGACGCCUCACCAUCACAGCCACCUCGCAGCUCUGGACGCCGGACCUCACCAACCUGAUGACGCGGCAGCUGCUGGAGCCCGCCGGAGUCUUCUGGAGAGGGCGCGCCGACGCCGCGGACACGCCUGCGCACUGCUAUGAGGCGGACGCGGCUGAAUUUGGGGAAAGGAUUGCCGAGCUGGCAAAGAUAAGGAAGGUGAUGUACUUCCUGUUUGCAUUUGCAGACGGCUGCAGCCCCGAAAGCGUCGACUGCUCCAUCACUUUCAUGGUGGACUAGAGAGAAGACUUUCCACCAAACACACUGUUCAUAUGUGAAGUUCUUCUUCAUCUUCAGAGAUUCAAACAAUAAACUUGCAAUCGUUGAAACAGACGUUUCUGAGUUUUCUUCACUGAAAAUAAAGGAGUGUUCUAUGGACUCUGUGUGACAAACA